AAGAGCUUACAAAAGCAAAUUGACUUGGGAGUGACGACUCGGAAAUUCUCUCUCAUCAGUCUUUCUCUCCCACUCUCACAGUGUUCCUUUGCAUUCUAGUGAUCUUUUUUUCUUGGAUUCUGCUUUCCUUGGAGCUUAAGGUUCUUCUUCACUCUCUCUGGUUUGUGGGAUAACUUAUAUUUCCAACAUUUUGAAAAACUGUCCGUCUCUCAAGAGGAGCAUGUAAAAUUAACCAAAAUAGUGGAAGAUAUGCAUAGUUUUUAGUCUAAUUGCAAGCCGAACACAGGAAACAAACGCAUCAUUGCAAUUCAUUUCUGAUCAUACUGAUCUCUGAGUUUUGCAGGUCCUUCUUGGACACUGGAAUUCACCUGAUUCCGAUGGGUAAAACGAUACAAUUGUCUGGAUUCCCUUCACAUGUGUCUGCUGAAAGUGUUAAGGAAUUUCUGGAGGGACAUACAGGAAGAGGAACUGUUUAUGCUAUUAAGAUUCGACCAACAAAGAACGGGGGUUCAAGAUCCUAUGCUAUAGUGCAGUUCAUGACCGUCGAAACUGCUGAGCUUAUUAUCCGCCUGGCUAACCCGCGCCUGUGGUACGGAAGAUCAUACCUCUUGGCCCGGGUAAUGGAACGCGAUAUCGUGCCAAAGCCAAGAGCAACUCUCUACAGUUUGCAAAAUGUAACUCUGCAUUUUGGCUGUCAGAUAUCAAAGGAAAAGUUUUCUUUUCUGUGGAGAGUGGGGAAUGUUUCUGUGGAUUUUGGGCUUGGACUCCGAAGAUUGAAUUUCUACCUGACAUACGGCCCUGUAGAAUACAGACUUCAGCUCUUAUAUGAGAAUGUUUGGCAGAUCGAGUUGCAUCGUCCACGCGGUCAAACUGCCAAGUAUCUUCUGAUUCAGUUGCUUGGUGCUCCUCGGGUUUACGAGAAAGAAGUGAGAAUUUCAUUUGAUAUACUUGAAAACCCUCUCUUCAACUAUUUCAAGGAUACUCCUGAUGACCAAUGGGUUCGGGCUACUGAUUUCACUGAAUCAUGCUGUAUUGGUCAUUCUUCUGCCCUGUAUUUGGAGCUGCCUUACGGGGUUGAUCUUCCAGACCUUCGAGAAAACUUUGUUUACUAUAAAGAGAGUGAAGAGAGAUUCAUAUUAGAGAGUGGUAGUUCUUUCUCUCGCAACCUGGAUCUAGUUCCCAUUGUUGGUCCUCCUUCAGGCAUUAAUUUGCCAUUUGAGACGGUGUUCAAAAUAAACAUGCUGCUUCAAAAUGGUUGUCUUUCAGGACCAACACUCGAUGUUGAUUUUUAUCGGUUGGUUGAUCCACAGAGAAUCAGAAACGUUGACUGUAUAAAUUAUGCCCUUGAGAAACUAUUUAAUCUAAAAGAAUGCCCCUAUGAACCUGCUGCAUGGCUUAAUGAGCAAUACAGGAAGUACCUUACAGCGCCGAGGCCUCCGAAACCACCAGCAAUAGCCCUGGAUUCUGGAUUGGUAUAUGUACGUAGGGUCCAAGUAACACCAUCCAAAGUAUACUUUUGUGGCCCAGAGAUUAAUGUCUCUAAUCGUGUUUUACGAGAGUACAUUGAUUACAUUGACUACUUUCUUCGCGUUUCAUUUGUUGACGAGGAGUUAGAAAAAUUGUUUUCAACAGAUCUGUCUCCACGUACAUCUAAUGCAAAUGAGGAUAGGAGAACUGGAAUCUACAGAAGAAUUCUUUCUGUUCUCAGAAACGGCAUUGAAAUUGGGGAUAGGAAAUUUGAGUUUCUUGCAUUCUCGUCCAGUCAAUUACGUGAUAAUUCGCUUUGGAUGUUUGCUGCUGUGGAUGGGCAUAGUGCUGAUACAAUAAGACAGUGGAUAGGAGAUUUUCGCAGUAUAAGAAAUGUGGCCAAGUAUGCUGCCAGACUGGGUCAAUCCUUUGGGUCUUCCACGGAAACUCUUACUGUUGAUGAGAGUGAGACUGAAGUUAUUUCUGAUAUAGAGAUAGAGCGGGGUGCAGUCAAGUAUGUUUUCUCUGAUGGUAUUGGAAAAAUAUCAUCAACAUUUGCUAAGAGAGUUGCGAAAAAAUGUGGCCUCAAAGAUUGCGUUCCAUCUGCCUUUCAGAUCCGGUAUUGUGGGUACAAAGGUGUUGUGGCUGUUGAUCCAACCUCAUCAACAAAAUUAUCAUUGAGGAAGAGUAUGUGGAAGUAUGAAUCCGAGCUUCACAAACUGGAUGUUUUAGCCUAUAGCAAGUUGCAGCAUUGUUAUCUGAACCGCCAGUUGAUAACUCUCUUAUCAACUCUUGGUGUUGGGGAUCGAGUUUUUGAGAAAAAACAAAGGGAAGCUGUACAGCAGCUGAAUGCUAUUCUGAACGAUCCUCUAAGAGCUCGGGAAGCUCUGGAUUUGAUGUCUGCUGGUGAGACUACUAACAUCCUGAAGGAGCUGCUCUCGUGUGGUUAUCAACCUAAUGCUGAGCCAUUCCUUUCGAUGAUGCUGCAAGCAUUCCGAGCAUCAAAGCUGCAGGAGUUGCGGACUAAAACAAGGAUCUCUAUUCCUGAUGGAAGAGCCAUGAUGGGAUGUCUAGAUGAAAUGAGAACCUUGGAAUAUGGAGAGGUGUUUGUCCAAUUUUCAGGAAUCACACAUAGGCCGUUCUUUGAAGAUUCCUUCAUGCUUGGCGGCACUGGUUCAGGUCAGAAUUAUAUUGUCGUCGGACGGGUGGUGGUUGCCAAAAACCCUUGCUUACACCCAGGAGACGUUCGUGUUCUAAGAGCUGUUAAUGUGCCAGCUUUGCACCAUAUGGUGGAUUGUGUUGUUUUUCCACAAAAAGGAUCGAGGCCUCAUCCAAAUGAAUGUUCAGGAAGUGAUCUGGAUGGAGAUAUUUAUUUUGUUUGCUGGGAUGAUGAAUUGAUUCCUCAAAAGCAAUUCGAACCUAUGGAUUAUAGCCCAGCACCAACUACAAGGUUGGAUCAUGAUGUCAGAAUUGAGGAAGUUCAGGAAUAUUUUACAAACUACAUCGUCAAUGAUAGUUUGGGAAUCAUUGCCAAUGCUCACACUGCCUUUGCAGAUAAGGAGCCCUCCAAAGCAAUGAGCCCUUCGUGCAUAGAGCUCGCAAGGCUGUUUUCAAUCGCUGUCGACUUUCCUAAAACUGGUGUGCCAGCAGUUAUUCCCCAAGAGUUAUAUGUCAAAGAGUAUCCUGAUUUCAUGGAGAAGCUUAACAAACCUACAUACGAGUCGCAGAACGUGAUUGGAAAGCUAUUCCGAGAAGUAAAAGACAUUGCGCCAAAUGUUGGCUCUCUUCAUUUCUUCACCAAGGAAGUCGCAAGUAGGUCUUAUGAUCCUGACAUGGAAUAUGAUGGCUUUGAGGACUACAUUGAUGAUGCUUUCUACUACAAAAGCAAUUAUGAUUACAAGUUGGGGAAUCUUCUGGACUAUUAUGGGAUCAAAUCCGAGGCUGAGAUAAUUGGUGGCAGCAUUAUGAGAAUGUCGAAAUCUUUCACAAAGAGACGGGAUGCAGAAUCGAUUAACAUGGCUGUAAGGGCUUUGAGAAAGGAAGCCAGGACCUGGUUCAAUGAGAAGGGUAGUAGUUUGGAUUCUGCAGCUGAUGAUGUGUAUGCAAAAGCUUCUGCUUGGUAUUAUGUCACGUAUCAUCAUAGUUACUGGGGCUGUUAUAAUGAAGGAAUGAAUCGUGACCACUAUCUUAGCUUUCCGUGGUGUGUUUACGACAAGCUUGUGCAGAUCAAGAGGAGCAAGGCAAGUGUAAGGAGGUCUCUACAAAUGUCGUCUCUGGAACGUGCUUUCGAUCGUCGUUUGCAUUUGGGAUGAGCGGUAUGGCUUUGCACCAAUCUCUCCUUUGAAGCAUGUAAAAAUCAGGAUGAAGUUAUGGUAAAUCUAAGUUACGUGGGUGUGUUACGACAGUAUAUAGAUACAGUAAUACUCUUUAGGUUUGCUUUUAUGGUACGAAUUUCGAAUCAUAUUAUAAACAUGUAUAUACUUGGUUCUCUCUGAUGAUGAAAUCUAAUCAAGUCGUGACUUUCAUGAAAUGUUUGGUUUUACUUUUUCUGUUUAUUUAGCUCUGAUAAUAGAGAGACGUACAUGUCACGGUUAUGUACAAUAGCCAUAUGUCUUUCGUGAAUGCUAGUCCAUUUUGUAAAGCCUAUCAAAAACUUCAUCCAUUAUUUUUCUUUCAUCUAUU